AUGUACAAGGCAGAGAAACGCGAUAUGCGACUUCCGAAAGCGAGAGUAUUUCCGAUUGAUUGUCAGAGUCACGCCGAUACUUCGCCACGAAUCCGUGAAACGAGGAAGUCUCAGUAUGGAGUUGCCAGAGACCCUUCUUUUCUUUCACCUGAAAAUUGGGCGGCGGCGCCCUUUGAGACUAGGGGUUUGUUAGAACUGGUUGCGUCUUGUCGCUCUUUAAAAGGGGUUGCUCCCUCAUUAUUCUCGUUUUAUGCUGGUCGUAUGGAUGUUGAACAAAUUUGGAUGCAAAUAGAUGUGCAAAUCGCACCUGUAUUGUGCAAAGUUGGUUUAACUAUGGAGGAGCUGGACCUGUUCGGUGAGGAAGUUGAAAGCACUGACAAAGAUGUGGGCAAAAAAUCGUUGAUUUCAGAAAGCCUUGAAACGAAUCAGAAAACGAGUCAACAUCAAGAAUUCCAGAAAUUAGACAGCUGUGACGUUUCGAGCAUGUCUUACAGAGAUAUUCCCAAGGAAGAUAGGAGUAGCCAUGUUAACGGAAAAUGUGUUGAGAAUUCAAAAGGUAGAAACUUUUUCAGCCUGCACGACAUGACAAAUUUCGUGUUGGAUGCAGAAUCUCAGGAAAAAGACGAUGACAAGAUGUUAGUUUCGGAACAGCAUGUCCCCAUGGACGAAUCUGAACACGCUCCGGACUCGCUUAUUUUCCUGAGUGAGCAGGUGCGUCAUGUUGCUGAGCUGAAAAGGGUAAGCGUAUCGAGGGUGGAUAACGAUAUUAUGUAUGAAGACCUUUUCCUGCACGAAAAUAAAGCGUAUGUAUCAUCGACGAGAACAUUUGAGGGGGAUGAUAUAAAAUGUGGUCCUAUAGAACGAGUUACAGACAGUAAACCUGUCACUGACAGCUUUCCGAAGGUAGCCCAUUCAUUAAACGGAAUAAAUGGUGAGAACUCAACUGUUCAUAUUGCACAAAAGUUCGUAUCAAAAUAUGAUGGAGACCAGGAAAAGCUCGCCACUCGUAUUAUUGAACUGGAACAGGAGUGCGUGCAACCGGAUUCUUGGGUCUUGCGUGGUGAAGCGCGAGCUGAUAAUCGGCAAAAGGGCAGUGCCUUGGAAAACGAAAUCGAGUUCGACUACUUGAGUGCGCCAAAGCCAGUAGACGAUGAAGCACUUACGGCCAGGCUCGACGGUCUUAUCAAGUCACGCAUCAUGAACCAGAUUUUUGAUGAUUUGAAUACAAUGGAGAAGCUCGAGGAAGGGAGCUCAAUGUACAACUCUGCGCAAGAUCUUGAUGACACAAAAUCUAGGAAGGGCCUCGGAGAAGUUUAUGCCAAUAAAUUUACCACACAAACGUCGGCUGCACAAUGCAAAGAGUUUUCUCUGCUGGCUGGAUCGGGGCGUGCGGUGGAGGCCCGUUACCUUUAUAAAGUUGUUGGGGAGCAACUUGAUAAGUUAGGUCAUUACCACUUUUCUGGUAAGCAAUUGCUUGAUUCUUCAGGAACUGCAGGGCAGAUAAAUGCUUUUCUUCAACUUGGAGGUUUUACUCCUGUAGUUCACCAAAACGCAGAUGGACGAGGUGCAAAAUAUAAUUCCCGACGGCAAAAGGAGGACCGUAUAAAAGCUAACAUGCAUGGUCAUAUAAAAACUCGAGAUGAGUUAGAAACAGGCGAAAAAAGUGCAACUCGAAAUAAAUUGAAGCGUAAACAUAGGGCUCGCAUGCAAGAAGAGGAGCACACCGCUGCCCGAUUUGUCCGCAAAACAGAUACGUCAAAAAGUUCUAUGUAUACGAAUAAUAUUAGAGGUACACUACGGAAAGUAGGCGAGACACUGUCAGACUAUUCCAAAUCUUCCAAGGUGUUUCUUUCACUGCAGGAGAAAAAAGAUGUGUGUGCCAGCUAG